AGCCAUCUGGGAUGAGUGCUGGUGCUUUCCUCCUUCUAGGAUUGGUAUGGACAUUGUGUAUUCUAGCCUUCCUUAUGUUGGGUUUCAGAAAAAGUGCAGAUGUCAUUUUGAAAUAGUAUUCAGUAUCCUAGUCAUCUAUUUCUGUCUGUGUUUUCCAAGUGGAUUUGCUUGCAUUUGUGUGGUAAUGGAGAAAACUAACAACUCUCAUAGCCCGCUAUGGUGCCAUUAGACCUUAUUAUGAGCAAGAGCCCUUCCCACAGGCUGCUGCUGUUGCUUCUCUAGUUCCCAUUUGACUCAUUUGGAUUGCUUAUGGUGCAUCGUAGCUUCUGGGGUCUGCUUCUGUGCUUUUGAUCCUUUUGAAAAUAAAAUCCUAUGGUUUUGGUCUCUUGCUUACAGGGCUUUGGGUGUGUGUGUGUGUGUGUGUGUGUGUGUGUGUGUGUGUGUGUGUGUGUGUGUGUGUUCGUUUGUUCCUCUGACUUGGCUUUGAGGUGGCUGUACUUCCUCCCUUUAAAGAUUUUCUUUUAUCUUUACUCUCUUUGUUUCUUUUACUCUGUUACAACUUUGAACUAACAAGAACACUUUAUGUUCCUUCUUGUAUUGAGUUUAGAUCCAGCCUUUAGUAAACAUGACACCACAGUUGAGUGUUUUUAUUAUUGUAUGGGGUUUUGUUUGGGUGGUGUGGGGGAGGGGUAGGUAUGAUUUGUGCAAAGCCUUCACCUCCCACUCCAGAUGAGACAGUUGCUACUUUGCUGCACAAUUGGCUGUUGUCAUUUUACCAGGGACCUUUCACUCUGAUCUCUCCUUCCCUCCCCACCAGGAAAGAAUACCAUACUUAAGUCACACUGCCUCCAAGACCUCUGGUGCUCUGACAGUCUUCCUUAGCACAGCUCUGCCAGACCCAAUCCCUUUUGUUAACUCUUCCCUUGAUGAUCACAUGGGGCAGCAGGGAUCACAGGUGCCAAGAGUGAAAACUAGGAGGGGAAGAACUUUGGGGCUUGGGAGUGGGACUUGGGGCUGCCAAGCUAGUGAUUUUUUAUCAGAAAGGGAGGGGGUUGGUCAGGUGUCUGUUGGGAAGAGCAUGGGGUAGGGGAAGGGAAACUGUUUUAGUGUCUUAUGAAACUAGUUAAAGAUUGCUUUCCUGUUGGGGAUCAGUGUUGGAAGCAUUCCCCCUAGAAUAUUCCUCUUUCUAGGUUUUAUCUCUAAUUGGAGUCUAUAAGUUAAAAAAAUUAGUACAGUGGAGUUUCCUAUAUUCUGUUAAUAUAUAACAAUAUAUAGUAACAUGAUAAAGAACUGAGAUUAUGUUCUUAGAAGUUUGGGGUGGGAGUUGUUUUGCUCAAUUUUGAAGGAAAUAUUUAAGCCAGCCUAACUAAAAUGACAAGAUUAAGUUUGGCAGGCAAUUCUUCAUAUUUUGUAUUAGACUUCAAAAAUCUUUUUUUCUUCUUGUUUUUGUUUUUUGUUUUUUUGUUGUUGUUUUUUAAUCCAGGAGAAUGCUUUAUUUCAACUCUUAGCUGACUAGAUGCUUAACUUAGUACAAGUGUAGCCCUGUAACUGGCUAGCUAAAGCAGAUCGGCUUGUUUCUCAGAUCUAUGGGGGAUAGCAAGAAACAUGUGAGUGAAUGUGGUUGAAGAUUUUCAGUAGUAUAGAAAAUGAUGGCGCUCUUGUGAUAUUUGUAAGUACAAGCAAGGAUUUGGCACAGACAUCCUAUUUCAUGGCUACCAACAGUUUGCAUCUUACGACCUUCUGUCUUCAAUACAAACCCACAGUGAUAGCAUGUGUAUGCAUUCAUUUGGCUUGCAAAUGGUCCAAUUGGGAGAUUCCUGUGUCAACUGAUGGAAAGCACUGGUGGGAGUAUGUGGACCCUACAGUUACCCUAGAGCUGCUAGAUGAGCUAACACAUGAGUUUCUACAAAUAUUGGAGAAAACGCCUAGUAGGUUGAAGAGGAUUCGAAACUGGAGGGCUAUGGCUAAGAAACCAAAAGUAGAUGGACAAGUAUCAGAGACACCACUGCUGGGUUCAUCUUUGGUCCAGAAUUCUAUUUUAGUAGAUAGUGUCACUGGUGUACCUGCCAACCCAAGCUUUCAGAAACCAUCAACAUCAACGUUCCCUGCUCCAGUACCUCUAAAUUCAGGAAAUACUUCUGUUCAAGAUAGCCGUGCAACUGAUAAUUUAUCAGUGCUAGCAGCAGGAAUGCCCAGUACCUCAUACAAUUUGUCGUCACACCAAGAGUGGCCUCAGCAUCCAGACUCAGCCAGGACAGACCCAGUGUACACACAGAAACAAGAGGCCACUCUCUCUGGGAGCCAGUACAUAAGCUUCCAGCAGGGACCGUCAAUGGCACUGCAUUCCGGAUUACAUCACAGGCCAGACAAAGUUGCUGAUCAUUCGUCAGCUAAGCAAGAAUAUCCUCACAAACCUGGGAGCAGUAAACACCAUGGUCCCAUACCUGCUGCUCCUGGAGUGGUUCCUCAGAAAAUGUCUUUAGAUAAGUACAGAGAAAAGCGGAAGCUGGAAACCCUUGACCUGGACACAAGGGAUCACUAUAUAGCUACCCAUGCAGAACAGCAGCACAAACAUGGGCCAGCUCAGGCAGUCGCAGGCACUUCUGUCACUUCUCCCAUCAAAAUGAAGCUUCCCCUCACCAAUUCCGACAAGCCUGAGAAACACUUGGUAGAGAAAAAGGAGAGGAGUGGAUCUCUGAAGCUCCGGCUUCCCAUCCCACCCCAUGAUAAAGGCCCCAGCAAAGAGGAGCUAAAGAUGAAAAUCAAAGUGUCAUCCUCAGAAAGACACAGCUCUUCUGAUGAAGGCAGUGGGAAGAGCAAGCACGCGAGUCCGCACGUCAGCAGAGACCACAAGGAGAAGCACAAGGAGCACCCUGCCAACCGCCAGCACAGCAGUCACAAGCAUGCGCACGUGCACAGCGGAGGCAGCAAGCAUGCUGCUGACGGGAUGCCGCCCACCAUGCUCAGGAGCCCUGUAGGCCUGGGCCCUGAAGGCCUCUCCUCCGCCUCCAGUGCAAGGAAGAAGCUGCAUAUCAACGAAGCUUCCCACAACCACCACUCCAAAAUGAGCAAAAGUUCCAAAAGUUCAGGUAGUUCAUCUAGUUCUUCCUCUGUUAAGCAGUAUCUAUCCUCUCACAGCUCUGUUUUUAACCAUCCCUUACCCCCUCCUCCCCCUGUCACAUACCAGGUGGGCUACGGACAUCUCAGCACCCUCGUGAAACUGGACAAGAAACCAGUGGAGCCCCACGGUCCUGAGGCCAAUCACGAGUACAGUACAAGCAGCCAGCAUAUGGACUACAAAGACACAUUCGACAUGCUGGACUCGCUGCUAAGUGCCCAAGGAAUGAAUAUGUAACCCUGUGUUUAGGUCAACUUUUCCUUUCCUUUUUAAUUUAAAAAUGGUUGGAAUGGAAAAUGCCCUCCUGGUCCAGCGGUGGUGCCACUGCUUCCAUAUUUGUAAGUGCUGCUUUGUUCUUCAUUCUGAAAGAAGAGAUGAUAGUAAACAAGCCUAUCUCCACAUACGAUAGUGUUACCAGGACUGUAAACGCAUGGAAGAUGCAGCUGAGAACAUUAGGAUGAAUGGCUGGCUGCUGCUAGGAACCUAAGCUGCCUCAAGCUUCUGUUAUUUAUGAUUUGAAUAUUGUAGCUGUUUUUUGUUGUUGCUUGGCUUUGAAUGAGUGUCAAUUGUUUUCUUUUGUGUAUUUAUACUUGUAUGUAUGGUUUGCAUGUCUCAGUGAUAAAGGGAUAAAACGGUAUACUGACAACUGUUUACAAGAAAGUGGAGAAAAAUGUACAUACAUUUUUGUAUGUUUAGAUAUUACCAUAAAUACUCAGGAUUGGAGCUGCUUGUAAGUAUAACAAUAUACAGAAUAACUUUAUUUUCUCUCGUCAGAGUCCAUCACUAAUCUAAAACACAAGUGGCACUUUUUUAUUGUUAACCUUAAACUCUAGGCCUUACUGGAAGCCGCUGAGGGGACAUUCACUACUAGACGGGAAUGUGGUGCCAUGGGUGGCCCUUAACACUGGGAAGCACUCAGUCUGCCUUCAGAGGUUCUGACCAGAUUGGCUGCGGAAUCAGCCAUUGAUUUCUGAAGGCUUGAAGAGGAAAAAAAAAUAAAGUUUACAUACUCUUGAUGUGAAGUGCAUUUAAAUGUUUGUUGGCUUGUUGCAGUGCUGUAGAAAGCAGCUAAUGAUGGGUGUGAGGAUGACUGUGACGUCACUCACAGCAGCUCCCAGUGAAGAUUAGUCAGGAACGCUGACACUACAGAUUCUAAGAGUGAACGGGGUCACUUUUCCUUUAGCAUUUGCAGUGACACCAUAGUCUUGAAUAUUCUAUAUACUCUUCCCAUGGGGAGAGAGAGUCUGUGUGUGUGUGUGUGUGUGUGUAAGAGAGAGAGAGUGAGUGUGUGUGAGGGAGAGAGAGAUACCAUAUUUCUUUUUCAGGUAAACGCAGUCUUCCUUAUAAAAAUGGAAUUAAACCUAUGCUCUCUUGAUUCUUUUAUAUUCUAACAAUAAAUAAAAAAGAAAAGAUUGCUGACUGUGCAUUGUACCUGUAUUUAUAGCUUAUGGUCAUUAUCAGGAAAAUGUAAGGAAAAAGGCCAGCUUUAGGCAAGCCACUGCUGGGCUUUCACAUUCGUUUGCACGUCUUAGUGGGUUUUCAUGGAGAUAAUGCUUGCACUGUCCCCUGACGCCUGGUCAGGGGAUGGACUGACUUGUCUAAAUGUUGGUGUAAGCACCGAUAGUAUGGCUCUUGUCUGUUGCCUAAUCUUGAAUUUAUUUCUGUGGUAAGUCUUAGCUGUUGAGUCUCUUAAGAUGGGUCGGAUUCAACUUGUAUUGAAUCACAAGUUCUCUGUAUAUGAAAUAUUUUGUUAUAAAGCCACUGAUCUGUGCACAAUUGUAACUUUAUUCAAGUAUGUUGUAGUUGUAAAUAUUAGAGUUGAACCUUGUACUCUACUUUUAUUUAGCAGUUAUCUCAUUUGCCAGUAGCUGUUUGUUUUUUAAAGAAAAUUGUUGAUUGUUUUGUCAAUGUUAUUUGAACCUGAGAUUUCAGGAGCUUCUUUGUGGGAACUCAGCCUAGCCGGCUAGUCUUCACUCUCUUCUUGUCUUGCAUUGGUAAUCUUUGUUACCAUGUGAUUUUUGUUGCUGUGUGAUAUACUAUUGUAUCAUAAACAUGAGGAUUUUGAUACAGUUAUGGUUUUACCUUGGUACAUUUCCAAGAACUAGCAUAGAAUUUAAACAGAGUACAAGGUGAGGGAGGGAAGGGUUUUGUUCUUGGUGAUUUAGAUGUGAAACCUCAACAGAGCAUCAUGUGAACUGACUGAGGUGGUCGUGCUACUGUAUCAUUGGGAGUGAUGCCAGGGAUUUUAAUCAGCCUUUGUAAAGAGUGGUCAGAGAAGUAGUGAACUUAUUUUCAGUGUGGCAUAGACAACAAUGUGAAUAUUUAAGGUCUGGGGCUAUAGUUAAACUUCACUAAGGAUUUUCAGAAAUGUGUUGUUUUGUGUUUGUUUUUGUUUGUUUUUUUGUUUUUUGUUUUUUUUUUUAGAUAUGGGAAUAAAGGUAAUUUUGUUGAAUCUUUAUUGGUGCUAAUGAUGGACAGUUAAACAGAUAGUGUAUAUGCUAUGGAUAAGUACACUUAGUACUUCCAGAAUUGACUUUGAAAUGCUAUGUAUUCAUUUUCACUCUGUAAAUGUAAUUCUUUACGAUGACUAUUUAUUAAAAGGCAGUCAGUUGUGAUUUUUACAGGAUUGUGUGAACUAUUCAAACUCUUCAACCUCAGAACAAGAUGCUAAAACCACAAUGAGAGAAAAUUUGUGACUCUUUGUUUCCUUUCCACUAAGGAAAACCCUCACAAUUCAUAUCACCAUGAGUUUGCUUCAAUGAUCUUGUUUGCAUAACAUAGUUCAUUUGCAUGGUCCCAUUAGACUUUACCAAAGAAAAAAGACUCAAUAAAUGGACAUUCUAUUGUGAGUCUUGUAAGUAGCCAUAAAUAACCAAAAUAGUAUCAAACUUAGGUGUGAGAUUUCACAUGUGCAUAGUACUGUUAAGGUGAUACAUUUUUGAUGAGUUUUUUAAUACUUGAAAAUAAUUAAAAAGCAUUAUCUUUACAUCAUCCUAUAAAAGAGUGAUUCAUUCUUAAGGUGUGUUUCCCUAGGUUUGUGACCUUUUUGCAAAAGCACAUUAUAAUCAGAGGCUUCCUGUCUACCUCUCUCAGCUAAUUUUCUAAAAUCAGUAUGUGCUUCCUAAAUAUUUGCCUUAGCUACUAACACAAGCUGUCCUCAGAAGCAAAGCCAAGGAGUGCAUGUUUGUGGGAGUCCUCUCGGAGGCCUGCAUUACAAGCUCGCUGCCAGCUCCCGCUGCUAGAUGAGGCCCCACACAUCUCCUGGUAGCAAGUAGCAACGAAGGCAACAGUGCCAGCCCUGGGUACACUUUAAAGAUGUCUUCCGUGGGAGUGGUGGCUUCCUUAGGAAUGUUGUGAGCGCACACUUUGUGCCAACAGAUAGAAGUUAUACAGAGCUCCCAAACAUUUGGACCUCUCUGUUCCCUUUGAAGUAAAAACAGCAGGUUAGGAUUUACUUUAGAGAACCAGUUUGAAAUGUCAUUAGUUACCAAAUGCCUUGCCUUAAGAUGCUUCAAGAAAGUGUAUCUUCUUAGAGUUUCAGUUCUAAUUUUAUUUGCAUUAUAUAGGCUGCUGCCUAUAUAAUGCAUACGUGCAGCAUGAUUUGUUGGUUGAUUGGAUGACUUAAGGCUCCUGCAUCAUGGAGAUGGCUUACUUUGAUAAGAGUCUGUGCUUUGGAAUCUUUUGAGACGAGACGUGGAAAAGGGCUGACUGUGAUCCAGGUCUCCUGGCUCCACCCAUGCCUGGAUCAGUGAUUCUUAACUUAAUCCCAAUCUUAUAUAAGCAAAAAAGGAUUUCAAACUUAGACUUAAUUUGCCAGAAAAUCUUGAGGAUUUUUUUGCUGAGAAAAAUCUGGAAGCUCUUAGUAACUAAGGAGGACCUUUGACUUCAUCUCUGAAGAUUGAGCAGUUUCCCCCCCCCCCCCCCCCCCCGCAGGAGCCUUUCUCUGGAGGCAGUAGGACCCACUCACCACAUUUUCACAGAGGAAGGGGGCAGCAAAGUCCACACUAGGAGCCCAGGAGUCCAUUGGCUUGAAUUCUGUGCCUGUUAGUUUGAGGUACGCGGUUGAAGCAUCUGUACAAAGGCAAUGCGCAUUCCUGUUUUUUCUCAGUACUUGAUGUUGAGACAAGGGUGUGCAGGCACCACUGUAAUAUAGGCCAACAGACGGUUGGAAGGCAGCCUUGGCCUAGUCAGAAGCCGAGUCAGGUGCUCCUUGGAAACUUCUUAGUGAUCUUGGUACUAGGAGCUCUAAGUAUGUCCCAUUAUUUCAGUGUUUGAAGUGUGCCCAGCCAGCUCUUUGCUUUGUGAGUCCUCUUGUCUGGUGUAUAAUCCAUCUCUGCUGCCUGGUAUAUUUCGUGAGAUGUACUUCAUGGGUGGGAGCAGUUCUGUUUGUGUAAAGCUGACUUCAUCCUUCACUGCAGUUGAAUAAUCUCAAGUCAGUCCUGGGAACUCUGUAGUUUCUGUAGAUUCCAAGUUUGGAGGGGAAGCCUCUCUUAAAAAUCCUCCAGCCGACAAGUCGAUUUAAUAGUUUGUGUAACUUGCUCCGCCCAGUAGUGAGUAGCUUCUCUUGAUUAGGAGAACGUCCCUGGAAUACCGUUUUGUUAUGAACAGUGGAAUUUGAACAUUUAAAACCCUUGUGGAUAAUUGAAUGAAACAAGAAAAUGUGUAUAUUGGCAUGAAUUAGCCAUUGAAUUUCAGCUCAUUACAUAAGGAAUAUUAAUAAAGUUUGUUUAUUGACAACCAAA